GCCAAGCGUCUGCCGCCGCUUCUGCGUCCUCUGGGGUCACCUGCAGCCUCACAUCUCUGUGCAGUCCUACUCCCUCGUGACGCGCUGUUCGCUGCGAGCCUGCGUCGUGGUGGCCAACAUCUUCGGACGCGUCGCUCUCUCGGUGGUUUACUUCCUCGUGAUUGCAGACAGCCGCGCAAGAGUCACGGCCGCCUCGUGCGCAUCUGCGGGCGAAAGGCAGUACGUCGAUGAUGUGGCGAGAGGCAUCUUCCUCCAGAUCUUGUUCAGCUGCAUCUCAAGGAUGUUGCUGCUCCUCUGGACUGCUGGAAUGAUGCUUUUCCACAGUCGCGAGUUCAAGCAGGACCAAGAGUGGGACACGGAGUCGCGCCGACAGCAGGUCGUGCGAUGGUGGAUCCGUGAUGGAGUGUUCGCAGCUCUCAUCUUGCUGUACUCUGUGCUUUGUUGCACCCUCGGCGCGGCCUACAUUGCCAGCGCUUCCGAUGAGGACGGACAGCGCUGGCUCACUAGCUUUGCCACGAUGGUUCUCCUUACUGCUCUGGGAGAGCCUUUGGUCAAGAGCCUGCUAUGUGCCGUCGUGGCGGGUGCCUCCAUUAAGGAGGAUGGAGGUCUGAUUCUGCAGGACUGCUUAGCGCCAGAGUUGGGCGCAGGGCCACAGAAGACGGGGCUGUCUGCCAUCACGGAGGUCGAUGAGGCGCCGUCGCCACCGCCGCCGAACACGGGGCUGCCGAUUGCCCAGCGUGCCGUCAGCAGAUCUGAUUUGCUGCAGAGCGACAGCCUCAAGGACAUUCCUGGCACUGCAGCAGGGACCCCCGGCGCUUCACCCAUACCUUCGGCAAAAAGCAGCCACAGCGUGGCCUCACCCCCGAAACCUCGAGGGGAGCGGGAGAGCUGGAGGGGCGCCCGCCGGCCGAGCGAUCACCGGAUCGACUCUAGCCCGGUGUCACCCAUUCAGGUCGGAGAGGUUUCACCUGGUUCACCCAUGUCUUAG